AUGGCCGACGUAGAAAGAUCACCUCUGUUAGGAAACGAGGCUGCUGGGACAAGUGAAGAUCCGUCCUCCUCUCCGUCGCUGCGGGGUCGCAUCGAAGCGGCACUGUCGUCACCCAAGCGAUUAAACGGCCUCGAAAAGCUGCUGGCAGCGUUGGCGAUCGUGUUGCUCUUGACGACGGCCACCUUUGCCGGCUUGUUCGCGGGUGAGGCUGUCGCGCUCAAAAAGGCCAAGGACCACCACCACCAAAAGCACAAGCACCAUGACCAGGGUCGUCCGACCGUCACCUCGACCGUCACCGUUCCCGCACCGACCUCGACCGGCGUGCCUCCACCCAAACAACCCAAGAAGAACGUGAGUCCAAGGCCGACAGUGAGAUCCGAGAAUAUGGGAAGCUUUCGAUCGCCAACCACCUGGUGACUGACGAGCACCACUUCAUUCCAUCUCGUCUUCUCGCUCUUGCCGACGAUCCGCCGCCGCCCGCCGCCUACCGCCGACCACCGACCACCCCCACCUCCGCAUCGGCCUCCUGCAAAUGGGCCUACUUACUGCGCUCGCUCUGCACCAUCCACCAUCUCUUCACCCGCUGGUACCGAACGACAGAAGGACGUUUGCCUCACCCCUACCUGUGUCACCGUAGCUGCAUCAGUACUGACUGCACUCGACGAGAGCGUCGACCCGUGCGAUGACUUCUACCGCUUCUCGAGUACGUCGGCGUCCCGAACCUCGUCGGGCUGAGAUAAUGAUGGUGCUCACCUCGACGGGUGGGCUCUCUCUGCCACAGACGGCGGCUGGCUCGAUACCCACCCUAUCCCCGAUGGCCAAGGAUUUUUUGGCUCGGCCCAGGACAUCGGUGUGCGAAACAAGGUCAGUCCUCCGCCUUCGCUGGCACCACCCCGAGGGCACGGACAGAUGUCACUAGAUCACCCCGGAAGAUUCGGCGCGACGCUGAUGCUCGCAGGACCUUUGCACGAAACAUCACAGCGCGUCAUCAUGGACGUCUUGGCCACGUCGGAAUCAUCGCUCAAGAAGAUGGACGAAGCCGAUCAGCGCAAUAUCGCCCACCUGCAAGACUUUUGGGCCUCGUGCCUCGAUGAGGAUCUGCACGAUCGUCAAGGCCUCGACCCGUUGAUGGACCUCGUUGAACAGGCCGUUAGUGCCUGGAGGGGGUCGUCAGCUUCGGCAGACAAAAUUGACCAGGAUUCUAUGUUCCAAGAUGAGAUGCUCAAGAAGCCCAAGUGGGACGAGAAGACCAAGAAGGAUCGAAUGACGGCCUCGUUGAUGUAUUUGCACUCUCGAGGUGAGCCUUGCACGGGGCCGAGCAGCAAAUAAUCGGGGGAAUUGGGAUUAUAGAUUGACUGACAAUGCGAUCCUUUGCGUCCGAUAGGUGUCGAGACGCUGUUUCAGCUCUUCCUUCAAGGCGAUGUCGCCGAGGAUCCCAGCCAUCUCGUGGCGUGGGUCCAGCAAGCCGGGCUCGGACUGCCCUCCAAGGACUACUAUAAGGACGAGGACACGUUGCAAGUCUAUGAAGAAAUCAUUCGGGCGACGCUCAAGAGUAUCUACGCCGUUCGGGGCGAGACUUCGGUCAACCCCAAGGAACUCGCGUCCGGAGUCGUGGCUUGGGAGAAAGAGAUCGCCAAGAUCUCCCUCAACGAGGAAGACCUCGAGGACCCAAGCAAGACGUACAAUGCCUACAAUUCAACCGCUCUGCAGGCUCUUUUCCCUUCGAUCUCGUUCAAAGACUACUUUGCCGGCUUCACCCCGAGGCCUAGCUAUCCCGAGCCGGUCAUCGUCACCAGUCCUAUGUACCUCGAAAACCUUGCCAAGCUCAUCAAGCACGUCGAUUCCGAGGUCUACGAGGCGUACAUCAUCUUCAGGAUCGCGCAGGUCUACGGCGAUCUGGUCGGUCCCAAGCAAACCGUGCGCAAGGAGAUCAACUGGCUAUCCAACUACCUCGGCGGUAUUGCCGAGGGCACUUCGUCGCCUCGCGGGGACAUUUGCCUGGCGUCGUUGUUGGAGAACUACGGCUUUUUAAUCGGGCGCUACUAUGCUCAAAAGGCGUUCGCCGGCGACAGCAAGGAAUACGCCGAGGACAUCAUCGUGGCGACGAUCCAAGCGUUUAAGGAUCGCUUGCCCGAGCUAGACUGGCUCGACGAGACGACGAGGAAGCGGGCCGAGGAGAAGGCGGAUGCGAUCAAGCACAAGGUUGGUGUUGACCCAAGGAGACUCUUCUCCAUUCCAGUCCGGUCCCGUUGUAUGUGCUGAACCCUCAAGUUCCUUCUCCUUUCAGAUUGGCUUCCCUACGACUCCCGACACGAUGGACCCCGAUUCGAUCGAGCGCUAUUACAACUUGAACUUGCCCAUCAAUCGCACCGACUUUUUCGGCAAUGUGCUUCGCUCGCGCCUCGCCGAAAAGCGUCGCUUGUGGGUCAAGCUCGGCAAGCAGGUCGAUCACGGUGAAUGGGAGAUGAUCCCCUCCGAGGUGAACGCCUAUUACUCGCCUCCCGCCAACGAGAUUGCUUUCCCAGCUGGUAUCUUGCAGGCGCCGUACUUUAGCAAGGAUUGGUACGUGGUCGUCCUAAAAGCCAACGUCGAUGACUCAAGACCUGCCUUCUGACUGUCUCGAUCUUUCUGGCUUGGAUUGCACAGGCCGGAAUACAUGGCCUUUGGAGCUUUCGGAUCAGUCGCUGGUCACGAGUUGUCGCACGCCUUCGACCAAGCCGGUCGAUUGUACAACAAGGAGGGCAAGCUGGUCCAAUGGUGGACGAACGAGACCGUCGUGCGUUUCGAAGGGCUCCAACAGUGCUUGCUCGAUCAAUACGCCCAGUACUACGUGCAGGACGACAAGGGACGAAAAGCCUACGUCAACUCCAAGCUGACGAACGGUGAAGACAUGGCGGACGCAGGUGGAAUCAGUCAGAGCUUCCGAGCCUGGAGCGAUCGAUUCGAGUCCAAGAAGGGCGAGGGGAUGAACUGGUUGUUGCCUGGUGUCAAGUACACGAGGGAGCAGUUGUUCUUCAUCGGUGAGUUCUGCGAGAGGUCCUUUUGAACGAGCUCGAGUGUGAUGCUGAAACCUCGGGUCCUCCUUUCACAGCUUAUGCUCAAGGUUGGGCCAGGAACAUCUACCCCUCGGAGGCGGUCAAGCGGGUUCGCACCGAUCCCCACUCGCCCACGAAUUACCGAGGUAAGCUCCCCAGACCGAUGAUAUUAUUCAUUCUGAUCCUCAGCUGAGGCCCCGUGGGUACUAUGAUGCCCAUCACAGUCAUCGGCCCGCUCUCGAACAACGAGGAAUUCAUCGAGGCUUUCCAGUGCAAGGCCGGAAGCAGGAUGAACAACAAGCACAAGUGCCAGGUUUGGUGA